CCGGCAAGGAAGCCUCGGUCGCACCUUCCUUCCAUCCCAUCCUUUAGGCCCGCCUCGGUCACACUGGUACGUAUAAAAAUCCCAUCGUUCCCUUCUCAGUUCUCACAACCCAACCCAGUCCAGAUCCAGAUUCCCUAUCCUCACCCUGCUCCUGCGAAUCUGCUGCUAUCCCCAACCCCAAUCCAAUCCAAGACCAACGGCAGCAGGGAUAGAAUCAUGAGCGCCAUGGUGGCGUCGUCGCUCAACCCGGAGGCCCCGCUCUUCAUCCCGGCAGCGUUCCAGCAGGUGGAGGACUUCUCGCCGCAGUGGUGGGACCUCGUCAAGUCCACCGCCUGGUUUCGCGACCACUGGUACCACCAGCACCAGCAGCUCGAUGCCAUGGCCGACUCCCUCGUCGCCUUCGAGGCCGAGGACGCCAUCCACGACGACCUCUUGCACGGCUUCGCUGUCGUCGUCGAGGCUUCGCAGCCGCACCCGCCAGCGGCACUCAAGACUGGUACGUACUCCCAAACCAACUCACCUUGUGAUGUGCCAUGCUCUGGCUGCUGCCGUGCCGCCGUCUCAUCUUUCAAGUCUUCUUCUAGUAUACUGUAGUAAGUAGUGGUGUCAGUUUGUAUAUUAUAUUGAGUAGAAAUGAAAUGACCCAAGAAAAAGGCAACAAAAUGCAACCCAUGUUUAGUGUGAUUUGCCUUGUAGGUUAUGUUCUGCAUGCUCAGUGUGUUGGACAAGAAUGUAUAGUAGAAUGCACCCUUGUUAUUGCGUGGCCAAGCAGCUUAAUGUUAAUUAAUUACCCUCUUCGUUUUUAAAUAUAAGUUUUUUUUUAGAGAUUUCAAUUGAGACUACAUAUAUAUGGAUGUAUGUGGACGUGCUUUAGAGUGUAAUUCACUCGUUUUGCUCCCUGUAUGGUUCAUAUUGAAAUCUCUAAAAAAGUCUUAUGUUUAGAAACAGAGGGAGUA